AUGAGCUCUUCCAUCCAGACUCUCUCCCGCGGUGUUCGCAUUGCUCCUCGUGCUCUGCGUGGACUUACCCAGGUUCGACAACUGAGCACCACCGAGCCCAGCCGCAACCUUUCCAACACUCGUGACUCUGCUGUCCACGAUCCCAUCAUGGAUAAAUUCUGGGGCAACCGUAUCAACGUUUCCGAGACUUCCACGAUCGUCACUCAGACACCCAGCAUCUCCUCUACCACUACCAGCCGUGACCCUCCUCUGGGCACCAACGUUUUUGAGCCUUCAUCCGCCCCUCGCUGGUCUGGCAUCUCCAUCCCUACUGGCCGACAGUAG